AUGAAGCAUAUUUCUAUCUCGGAUAACACAGUCAAGCAUAGAAUCACAGAGUCACAAAUAAUUAACAAAGUAAAGUUAUCGCCAUUUUUUGACAUCGUUAAUAAUUGUGCACAGUUAAUAGUUUAUGUUCGUUACAUCGGCGGAGAUAUCAUUCAAGAAGACAUUUUGUACUCCCGGUCUUUGACAGCAGGUACUACAUAUAAAGAUAUAUUUAAUUCAAUGUCAAAUUUUGUUGAAAAAAAAAUGAUUUGGAUUGGAAGAGGACUUUGCACACUUGGCGCACCUGCAAUGAUAGGUCUAAAAAGCUCAAGGAAAAAAAUCCCGCAAAACAUUGCCACAGAAAUCACGCCAGACUUUGAACUCGGCAUAAGUAUUGUAAACUACAUCAAGAGCAGCGCUUUGAACAGUCGGUUAUUUACUUUUAUUUGCGAGGAUCUCGAUUCUGAUCACAAAGUUCUUCUGCUCCAUACAGAAGCACUUUGGCUGUCCAAAGGCAACAUGUUGGCUCGCCUUCAUAAAAUGAAAGAAGUUUAA